CCGCCCCGCCCCCCGCCGCGUGACCGCCCGGCUUCCGGGGAGAGCGCCGGGGAGGCAGCACCGGGGGUGUCGCGACGGCAACUUUGUCGGGGCGGACGAGCGGGCAGCGGCGGCAUAAGGGGCACCACCAUGUCCGGCAACGGGCUCACUUACAGCGAGCAGGGCGGAGAGGCGGCGCCCGAGUUGGCGCAGGAGGUGGCUCCCACCGUGACCCCCUCGGCUCCCGCGGCCUUCGGGCUCUUCAGCAGCGACACCAAGAAGAAUGAAGACCUAAAACAAAUGUUGGAAAGCAAUAAAGAUUCUGCAAAGCUGGAUGCUAUGAAAAGGAUUGUUGGGAUGAUUGCGAAGGGAAAAAAUGCUUCUGAGCUAUUUCCUGCUGUUGUGAAGAAUGUUGCCAGUAAAAAUAUUGAGAUAAAAAAGCUUGUGUAUGUUUAUCUGAUGCGCUAUGCAGAGGAGCAGCAAGAUCUAGCAUUAUUGUCCAUCAGUACUUUCCAGCGUGCUUUGAAAGAUCCUAAUCAGUUAAUCCGUGCAAGUGCUUUAAGAGUUUUAUCCAGUAUACGUGUCCCAAUUAUUGUUCCGAUUAUGAUGCUUGCUAUUAAGGAAGCCUCUUCUGAUUUAUCUCCUUAUGUGAGAAAAAAUGCAGCCCAUGCAAUCCAAAAACUGUACAGUCUUGAUCCAGAGCAAAAGGAAAUGUUAAUUGAAGUGAUAGAAAAGCUUUUGAAGGAUAGAAGUACGCUGGUAGCUGGGAGUGUGGUGAUGGCAUUUGAGGAAGUGUGUCCAGAUAGAAUAGAUCUGAUUCACAAGAACUACCGAAAGCUCUGUAACUUGCUGGUUGAUGUGGAAGAGUGGGGUCAAGUUGUUAUAAUCCACAUGUUAACUCGGUAUGCGCGUACUCAGUUUUUAAGUCCAUGGAAGGUUGAUGAAGUGGUGGAUGAAUAUAGUGAAAAUAAUUUCUAUGAAUCUGAAGAAGAACAGAAAGAGAAGGAUCAGAAAUUGAAAACCAUCUAUACUAUGGACCCGGAUCACAGGCUGCUGUUACGAAAUACAAAGCCCCUGCUUCAAAGCCGAAAUGCUGCUGUAGUAAUGGCAGUUGCACAGCUUCACUGGCAUUUGGCACCAAAAUCUGAAGCUGGUAUUGUUUCUAAGUCAUUGGUGCGUUUACUCCGUAGUAACAGAGAGGUGCAGUAUAUUGUCCUGCAAAAUAUUGCCACUAUGUCAAUUCAGAGAAAGGGCAUGUUUGAACCUUAUCUGAAGAGUUUCUAUGUUAGAUCAACUGAUCCAACUAUGAUCAAAACACUCAAGCUUGAAAUCAUAACAAAUUUAGCAAAUGAAGCCAACAUAUCAACUCUGCUUCGAGAAUUUCAGACUUAUGUGAAAAGCCAAGACAAGCAGUUUGCUGCAGCUACGAUUCAGGCUAUAGGCAGAUGCGCAACUAACAUCACCGAAGUGACUGACACAUGCCUUAACGGCCUCGUCUGUUUGCUGUCCAACAGGGAUGAAAUUGUAGUUGCUGAAAGUGUUGUUGUCAUUAAGAAACUGCUGCAAACUCAGCCGGCACACCAUGGUGAAAUUAUUAAGCAUAUGGCCAAACUCUUGGAUAACAUUACAGUUCCAGUAGCUAGAGCCAGCAUCCUCUGGCUCAUUGGCGAGUACUGUGAACGGGUUCCAAAGAUCGCACCUGAUGUUCUGAGGAAGACAGCCAAGAGCUUCACGAAUGAAGAUGACCUUGUAAAGUUGCAGAUCUUAAAUUUGGGUGCAAAACUCUACUUAACAAAUUCAAAGCAGACAAAAUUGCUUACCCAGUAUGUAUUAAAUCUCGGCAAGUAUGAUCAAAGCUACGACAUCAGAGACCGUACAAGAUUUAUUAGGCAGCUUAUUGUUCCGAACGAGAAGAGUGGAGCUUUAAGCAAAUAUGCCAAAAAAAUAUUUCUGGCACAGAAACCUGCCCCAUUGCUUGAGUCUCCUUUUAAAGAUCGGGAUCAUUUCCAGCUUGGCACCUUAUCUCACACACUGAACAACAGAGCCACUGGGUACCUGGAGCUGUCCGACUGGCCAGAGGUGGCACCUGACCCCUCUGUCCGAAAUGUCAACGUGGCUGAGUCGGCAAAGGAAUGGACUGGAAUUCUAGGCAAUCCAAAGAAGGAGAAACCUACUGAUAAGUUUUACUCUGAAUCAGAAGAGGAAGAAGAUGAGUCUGCCAGUACCAGUUCAUCAGGGAGUGGGUCUGACAGUGAAAGUGAGAAGGAAGAUAAAGAGGAAGGCAGCACUGAUGAGAGUAGUGGGAGUUCCUCUCCCAGUGAAGAAUCAACUGACAGUGAAUCAGACAGCAAAGGAAGUGCUGCUAAGAAAACAUGUAGGGCUGUCAAUGAAAGUGAUUCAGAGGAUAUUGAAAAGAAAGCAGGGGGGAUUUCCAAAAAGAGAAGCAUGUCCAGUUCCUCUGAUACAGAGUACACUUCAUCAGAUGAAUGUUCUUCAGGAUCCAAGUCAGAAUCUGACUCUAAAAGUGACUCUGAGUCUGGAAAAUCUAGAAAUGCUACCUCUAAUAAGAAAGAAGAAAAACCAGUACAAGAUAGAAAGACUCCAAAAAACCAAGACACGUUUCUCUUAGAUUUAGAUGAUUUUUGUCCUGUAAUGGCUCCUGUGGCAGUUUCUACGGCAGCUGUUUUGUCCCCAAGUUUAGCAGCAGACCUAGAGGGGUUAAGUCUGUCAAGUUCAUCAGUCAUUGAUGUCACUAUGCAAGUCUCUGUGCCAACAAAAACACAUGAACUGCUUCAUCGAAUGAGUGGGAAAGGAUUAGCAGCUCAUUAUCACUUCUCAAGACAGCCAAGCAUUUUUGGUGAUCGUAUGGUACCUGUGCAAGUGACAGUAACAAAUACAACUGAUCAGAAGAUAGAGAAUAUUCUCAUUGGAGAGAAGAAAUUACCUCCAGGCAUGAGGAUGCAUGAGUUUAAUCCAAUAGAGUGUCUUGAGCCUGGAGGAUCCGUUACUGCUACAAUGGGUAUUGACUUCUGUGAUUCUACCCAGACAGCUAGUUUCCAGUUAUGCACAAAGGAUGAUCACUUCAAUGUUAACAUUCAACCCCCUGUUGGAGAACUGCUCCUGCCUGUCACUAUGUCAGAGAAGGAUUUUAAGAAGGAGCAAGGAAUGUUGACAGGAAUGAAUGAGACAUCUACUACAAUAACUAUUGCUCCACAGAACUCUACUAGACUUGUAAUAAUUGAGAGAGUAGUGAAAGCAGCAAACGUGGGGGUAGUCCCUUCUGGUCAAGAUAACAUACACAGGUUUGCAGCUAAGACUGUGCACAGUGGGUCACUGAUGCUAGUCACAGUGGAGCUGAAGGAGAGCCCUACAGCACAGCUCAUCAUAAACACUGAGAAAACUGUGAUUGGUUCUGUUCUGCUGCAGGAGCUGAAGCCUGUCCUGUCCCAGGGGUAACCUGCUUACAUCUGGACUUCAGAAUCUGGCACACAACAAAAGUGCCUGGCAUCCACUACUGCUGCCUUUCAUUUAUAAUAAUAGCCCUUCCAUCUGGCAGUGGGGAAAGAAUACACUCUUGACAUUCUUGUCUUCUGCUUUAGAAUGCUAGUGCGUAUCUAUCAUGUAUGCAAGUCCUUUCCUUUUUUUCUGCUUGCUAACCAAAGAACAUAUAUUUUACUGUCAGUUAUCUGCGCUUUUAAAUGUAUUUCCCAUUCGUUCUACCCUUGUCCUUCCCUCUUUCUUUCCUUCCCCCACUACCUUCCUUCCCCAUCAGUUUCCACUCCCCACCAUAGUGGACAAAUACUAGGUAGUAAAGUUCAAUGGAAAUCUGCUUGAAAACUGAGUUCAGAUGGCAGGUGGGUUUCAGCAACAUACACAACAAGUAUGUGGUUCAGAGAGAAUUUUGAUGUGUGAAAACACAGUAAGUACAGCAAAAUGGUUUUCUAGAAAUGCUUGUAAACCUGAAUUCAUCUACUGAGAACAUUGUUACUACUGUCAUUUUCUCAAAUAUUUUGUUAAGAUGCUAAUAAAGUAGUGCUUAUGAACAGAGGCUCCCUCUUUCUUGUUUUGGUAGAAAAUUCAUAACAGACAUGCUGGUAUUGUAUGUACCUGCUUAUCUGAUGUAAAUACAAAUGAGGUGGACACUAUACACAUAUCAGCAAAUUGUUCUUGCAAAAGUAGCCAGUGUUUGUACUCCUAUGACAAUUGUCUGCUAUACAGUUACAUUUUUGUUAAUAAACAAAGCCAUCAACUGCCUAUUUUCAAAUUGGCCUGCUCAUAAAAUACUGAUUGAAUUGUUCAAAUGUGUAUUAAAUGAAAUACUGAUUGUUAGACUGUUGUGGCAAAUACUUCAUCUAGCUUAAUGACUAGUUCAGCUUUAUUUCAAUUUUUUUUUUUAACUAGACUGAAACAUUUCCCAACUUUUUAUAAACCAGGGCUUGAGGUAAAGAGAAAUUCAUAGCCACAUCAACUGAACUCAGCUGGGGAAGACCAGUAGCCUUGCACCAGUUGGUGUACCUGGUUUUCUUGGUACAGCUCAGUAAUUUUGUCAGGUCACAGAUUUUGACCUUCCAUUCAAAUUCUGGUUAUAUGGCAGGAUGAAAGAUGCUGAGCAGUUUCAUUUCUUAUCAGUUCUCCUAACUUCCAAAAUGUUUUUUCCUAGUAACUCAUGGCUCUGCAACAGAGAAGAUACUUGAAUAAGUGUAACUUUUCUCUGUCACCAGGACCUUUGCAUGGUCCUUAGAUGCCCAACUAGUGCUGUUCUAGUUUAUAAUUAUACAAAAUGCUGCUUUUUCAAAACUGUUUUCUUGCUUCACACUAAAUUCUUCUGAAUUUUUAAAUAAAAUUUAGUAAAACUGAAAAGAGGCUCCAAAUGCUAAAGAGAGGUGAGGUUUUUAAGGCAGUUAUCUUGCACUCCUGUGAGAAAUGUGGUUCUAGAGUUUGCUCUAGCACCCAAAAACAAACAAGAAUCUUAUGCCCUCAAGAGAAAUGUACAUGUUCUUCAUCAACAUUCACAUUAUUUUCUGAAGUCCUAAUCCUGCAAUGAGUUUGCUAUUGAAUUAGUUUUCAACUGUGAUGUAAAAGCUAUUUGAACUGAUGAAAAAUUAAUUGUUGUAGAAAUUUCUAUUGUCUCAGGGAAACUGCAGAUUGGUCUGUAGAUAGUCUUUAAUAUUAAGACCCAGUGAGAAGAUCUUGAGGAAAAGGUACAGAAACAUGCAUCCUGAGAGAAGACUGAACUGUAAAACUUUGGCCAUGAUUGUAAAGGAGAAAACAAACAAUAAUUGCAUCUCAUACCACAGUAUAAAUAAAAGAAAAGUGCAUUAAUGCUGUCUAA